AUGUUAGAACAAUUUCCAUCUCUUAAAAUUCCUAUUGAGGAUAUUAUACAAAUUUUACCAAAACUUCAACCUCGUUAUUAUUCGAUAUCAUCAUCUACUCGAUAUAAUCCAAAUCAACUUCAUAUAACUGUUAGUAUUGUAACAUAUAGAACAAUACGUGAUAUUAUUAGAAAUGGUAUUUGUUCAAAUUUUUUAAAACAAACAAAACCUUUAUUAAAAGAUGAUGAAAAAAUGAUUGAUUCUUUAACAUUAUCAAAAGAAAAUGCAAGCAAAGUUCAAUUAUUUAUAGUACCAAAUUUACAUUUUCGUUUACCAGGUCAAGAAAAUUUGUUAAAAGAGAUAAAUAAUGAUAAAGAAUUAUUUCUACCAUUAAAUCGUCCACUAUUAAUGUUUGCUAUUGGUUCAGGUAUUGCACCAUUUCGAUCUUUUUGGCAAGAACUUCAAAUACUACAUAAUUUAAAUUCCAAUAAUAAUAUUGUAAUAGAUCGAGUUUUAUUUUUUGGUUGUCGCACAAAAAAUGAUUUUCUUUUUGCAAAAGAACUUCAAUUAUUAAAUUAUGAAAAAAAUUCUAGUAACAAACUUCUUACAUUUAUUAUUCCAGUUUAUUCAAGAGAAAAAUCUGCUGCUAAACGAUAUGUUCAAGAUGCAAUGUUAGAUUAUCAACAAUUAAUUUCUUCAAUAAUAAAGAAUGAAAAUUCUUUUAUUUAUAUGUGUGGAUCAACUCGUGCUUGUCAAAGUAUUGAAUCAACAUUAGCAUCCAUUUUAGAAAUCUCUAAUAAUGAUACACUUACAUCUGAUCAAGCUAAUUAUCAAAUUCAACAAUUUAAACAAUCGGGAAAAAUCAAACAGGACAUGUUUGGAUAA